UCCGGACACUAUAAGAGGGGAGAGCGGCCCCAUUGCGGCACCUUUGCUCCGCACAACCAUGCUGGGAGCCGUCUGUCUCGUCGUGCUGCUGGGCUACGCCUACGGAUGCGGUCAGCCGGCCGUGCCACCACUGCUGAGCUCCCGCGUGGUGGGCGGUGAAGACGCUGUAGCCCACAGCUGGCCAUGGCAGAUCUCGCUGCAGUACAAACACUCCGGGUCCUGGAGCCACUAUUGCGGUGGGACCCUCAUUGCCCCCCAGUGGGUGCUGACAGCUGCCCACUGCAUCAGCUCUUACAUGACCUACCGUGUGGCGCUGGGCAGGCAGGACGUGUCAAAGGCUGAUGAGCCUGAUUCUGUAGCCGUGGCUGUGGAGAAGAUUAUUGUCCAUGAGGAUUGGGACUCCUACUACAUCAU